GGAUACCUCAAGUGUGUCGUGAGUCUUUAGAAAGAAUCGCUACUUUCAUUGUCCCACAAGCCCCCAGUUCAGGGUUUUCCUUCUCACAAUAUGUCUGGGGCCAUGGAGAUGCACCCGUCUCAGACACCUGCAAAGGAAGAUGUCGACUUUGUAGAGAGCACAGAAGCAGGCAUCCCAUCGACAUAUGCCGAUAUCGUGUCUUCUGAACUUUCCAAGGCACACCGUGACUAUCUGAUGGAACGUCAUGGGACGUUGGAACUCGAUCCUAUCCCCAGCAUGGAUCCUGCGGAUCCUUACAAUUGGCCGUCGUGGAAGAAAAUUGCAAAUCUUCUCCUGGUAGCGUUUCAUGCGUGCAUGGGCACUUUUGCGGCAGCAGGCAUCAUCCCGGCUUACCAAACAAUUGCAACUGAUUUCGGUGUUUCGGUGAACGAUGCGAGUUAUUUAACCUCCAUCCAGAUUGCAGUCCUGGGUGUAGCACCAAUUUUCUGGAAACCGUUGUCCAACCGCUGGGGACGUCGCCCUAUCUUCCUCCUUUCCUUAAUCUGCAGUCUCGUCUGUAACGUAGGAUGUGCGGAAAGCACUAGUUACGCGUCCACGGCUGUGUGUCGGGCUCUGCAGGCUUUCUUCAUUUCCCCUGCUUCAGCGAUCGGAAGUGCGGUGGUGAUGGAGACGACGUUCAAGAAAGACCGAGCUCGGUACAUGGGUAUAUGGACGCUCUUGAUUACACUGGGAAUCCCCAGCGGGCCUUUCAUCUUUGGCUUCGUUACGUAUCGGCUGGGCUACCAAUGGAUUUACUGGAUCUUGGCAAUUAUCAACGGUGUCCAGUUCAUCUUGUAUCUCUUCCUGGGUCCUGAGACCCGGUAUAUUGGAGGUGACCAUGACACCGAACAACCCGCUUGGGUACGGGAGUAUGCUCAACUCCGACGCAUCGACCCUACACCCUUGUCGUUCAAGGAGUUCUUCAGACCCCUGGGCAUGGUCACGCAUCCUUGUGUUGCCAUUCCCACUGCCGCAUACGCCAUGGUAUUCUGUCUGGGCAAUGUAAUGACAACUGUGGAAAUCCCCAGUUUGCUGCAGACUAAAUUUGAUCUGAACGCUGAACAGCUGGGACUCCAAUUCCUAGGUCCUAUCAUCGGAUCUCUUUUGGGUGAGCAGCUUGGUGGUGUGUUGUCGGAUCGCUGGAUGAAUCUGCGUGCAAAGAAAAUCCACCGCAAGCCGGAACCCGAAUACCGCCUGUGGCUCAGUUACAUCGGCUUCAUCCUGUGCAUUGUGGGCUUGAUCGUAUUUCUUGUCUGCACCCAGGAGUCGACGGAGGGUCACUGGAACGUAAAGCCGGUCGUCGGCAUUGCCAUCUGCGCUGGUGGCAACCAAAUCGUAACGACUGUUCUUGUCACGUAUGCAGUGGAUUGUUACCACAAGGAAGCCGGCAGUGUCGGAGUAUACAUCACGUUUGUCCGACAAAUGUGGGGAUUCCUCGGACCGUUCUGGUUCCCAUCCAUGUUUGAGAGUGUUGGUGUAGCACCGAGUGCUGGCAUUUGUGCGGCACUCGUUGCAGGUGUCAGUAUCAUUCCGACUAUGGUCGUACACUGGCAAGGACGGAGCUGGCGUCCGCCCAUUGCAGAGUAAACCGAUGACACGAAUCCCUUUUCAUCCUCAUUUGCGUU